AUGGCUAUGCAAAAACGUUCCAAUCUGAGACUUCCACCAGAGGUUAACCGUGUUCUUUACGUUCGAAAUUUACCGUAUAAAAUAACAGCUGAAGAAAUGUACGAUAUAUUUGGCAAAUACGGUGCGAUCAGACAAAUUCGUGUCGGAAACACACCUGAUACUCGUGGUACAGCAUUUGUUGUUUACGAAGAUAUAUUUGAUGCUAAAAAUGCGUGCGAUCAUUUAUCAGGGUUUAACGUUUGCAAUCGUUAUUUAGUUGUAUUAUAUUAUCAACCAAACAAAGCAUUCAAAAGUCUUGAUAUCGAGAAAGAAAAAGAAAAACUCGAUAAAACAAAAACCAAAUAUGGUCUAAAUGCAUAG